CGGACAAUCGCUUCCCGUUCCUGAUAUACCAGCGACGCGUGUCUUGUUGCUGUGCUGAUUGCACCUUGAUGUCUGCAUGCUAGCGUCGAACCUACCUAUCAGCAUUUCUUGAUUAUCUCCUGAUUUUAUUAUUCUUUCGCCCUUUUCUCUCGCAAUUCUGUUUGUGAGAGGAAUAGGAGGACCCGCCUUUUGAAAACAAGGGAAAGAAAGAAAAAAGAGAAGAAAUGAAAUGAGAGAAACCAGGACUUACGCAGUCCUGGGCUCGACGGGAAACUGCGGCACUGCCCUUAUUGAGAUCCUCCUGAAGAAGCCCAAUGCGCGCAUUCAUGCCUAUUGCCGCAACCGCGCCAAGCUGCAACGACUGCUCCCGCACAUCAGCGAGAGCGGUCGAGUAAGCGUCUUUGAGGGCAGCAUCCAUGACGUGGGCCUCUUGGCCACGUGUCUGCGCGACUGCCAUGCCGUCUUCCUCGUCGUCUCGACCAACGACAACAUUCCAGGUUGCCGGAUGGCCCAGGACACUGUCGUCUCGGUGACCCGGGCCCUACAAGGCCUCAAGUCGGCCAGCAGAACACCGGCCCCCAAACUUGUCCUUCUCUCCUCCGCCAACACGGAGGACCAUUUCUCGCGCCACGUCCCCUACCCGCUGCGCCUCAUCCUCCACUGGUCGGCGUCCCACGUCUACCAGGAUAUCAUCAACGCCGAGAAGUUCCUCCGGUCGCAGGAGGACUGGCUGACCAGCAUCUACGUCAAGCCGGGGGCGCUGUCGAUCGACAUACAGCGGGGUCACGCCCUGAGCUUCACCGACGAGGACAGCCCGCUGUCGUACCUGGACCUGGCGGCGGCCAUGAUCGAAGCCGUCGACGACGAACAGGGGCUGUAUGAUGGGAAGAGCGUGAGCGUGGUCAACACAAACGGCAGAGCGAAAUUUCCGACGGGCACUCCGAUGUGUAUUCUCAUGGGUCUGCUGAGGCACUUCUUCCCCUUCCUGCAUCCCUAUCUCCCAUCCCACACUGGGCCGCGGUGACGACCUCGGCAGAGCAGAGAUCUACGCCACUACAUAAUUAGUAUCCUAGCACCAUAGUAUUUAAGCAAAGGUAUCUUUUUGUCAUAAUUACUAGUGAGAUAUGCUCCUCUGUUCUCGGAGAACAUGCUGUCGAAAAAUGUCCUGUUACCUCCC